UUGUCAGAGUAAUUGGUGAAAAUACUUCUUAAUACUUCGGUACUUUGUUGCGACUUCUUGGAUUCAGUAAAGCUUACACCGACUAUUUUUGCAAAAGUUUUUCCUGAAGCGAAUAUAUCACUCUUCAGGAAAUUAGAAUAACACCCUGAAUCAUAUGUCAUGACUCAAGUGUCUUGUUUGGAAAGGCUUUCUGGGGUUUGCUUUGUAACACUCAACAGAGCUGCGAAGGGAAAGACUGGUCUUUCGCGGGCAUUGUCAACCAUGGCUGAGAAUCCGGAUCCCAAGGAAGCUAAAACUAUUUUUGAUUUCAAUGCUGAUGAUAUUGAUGGCAACAAUGUCCAGCUUUCGAAGUACAAUGGCUUUGUUACUUUUAUAGUCAACCUUGCAAGCAAAUGAGGCCUAACAAAGAAGAACUAUGCUCAAUUAGCCGAACUGCAUGAACGGUAUCAUGAGGGUGGUCUUCGAAUCCUUGGCUUUCCUUGUAAUCAAUUUGGAAGCCAAGAACCUGGAACCAAUGCUGAAAUUAAAGAAUUUGCAAUUGCACAUGGUGCCAAGUUUGAUCUGUUUGCAAAAAUUGAUGUUAAUGGUAACAAUGCUCAUCCAUUGUACAAGUUUCUUAAAAAGGCUCAAGGUGGCACUUUUGGUGACAGCAUCAAAUGGAACUUUACAAAGUUUCUCUGUAACAAGCAUGGUGUACCUGUGAAAAGGUAUGGCCCAACUACUGACCCUUUAUCAGCAGUCAAGGACAUUGAGUCAGAACUGAGUAAAGAAUAAGGCUUUAUAAGCAAUAAUAUCAAAGUUAUGAGAUACAAUGGCCAUAUUAAGAACAAAUUCUUUAGUGUUAUAAUCUAUCAAAGCAACAGUUAUUUCAAAUACAUUCUGAUCCAGUAAAUCCUUCAAAGAUAAAUAGUUUCCGUUUGUGUUCAACCAUUAUCUGUGUAUUUUAGAUUUAUCUAACAAUUGAAAUUAUUAAAUGAAAUUUUACUUUAAUGUUAAGUCAGAGGAUCUUCGUGUUCAGUUUUGAUUCAAGAAACACCAUUUAAGUAUCUUAAGAAAGUACAUUGGUACCAAAUGCUGCAAAUAAAACCAAAAGUUGCAGUGCAUUUGUUAUUUGAGUAAUUUUCAUCUGUUUUAUCUAUUGCCUUUAUCUGAUGCUUUCAUCCAUUGCCAAGGCCCUCUUCUUCAACAUGUAGCAUAUUGCUGCAAGUCCUCUCUUAUCAUUUUAAAUGUUCUAGUAUACAUGUGAAGAUGUUAAUGGUAUUGUUUUUUAUUAGAUGUAAUAAAGAGAAAAAUUAUAGAUAUAUAAUGUUUAAUUUGUAUCACAUUUGCUGGAUGUAUUUGUGAAGGGAAGCCAGUUAACAGCUUAUGUGUGGCUCCCCUGAUACUAAGUAACUAUGCAGAGUUGCUUGUGUACAUUGUAUAGCGAAUGAAUAUGCAAUAAAUAUUA